UCAAAUUCCAAAAAAGGAAAAAAAGGGAAAAGGAAAGAGGGCUCUAGACAAUGGAUGGCAAUAAGAGAGAGCUACAUUUUGUGUUCAUGAAUUAUGAUCCGGAAUAUGAGCGCCUUCGAUCCAACAGAACAAAAAAAGGAGAAAAUGAACUUGAUUUGUACUUGAGUAGGAAACACGAUGAGCUAUUGGCAAAGAAUCUCCAACCCGGAAGCUACACGAAAACCCUCUCAUUGGUUAUUGUCGACGGGUUUGCAGUAGAAAUCACCAACGAACAGGUCACAUUUCUAAAUAUUUAUAUACGUAUAUGUUUUAUAUACGUACUUAUGUUUCAUGAAUGUCGAAAUCUUCGCGCGUGUGUGUGCGCUUCUAAUUUUUAUUCAACCUUAAUUUUGCGACGAACCCAUCGGGUUGUAUAAAGAUGCUUUCGCCAAGAUCUUCAUUCAAGAAUGCCAUUUCGACAUCCACUUGCCAUCUCGACAACUCUGUGUGUG